AUGACGUCCACCUCUCAAACAAACCCGCAACAUCCUUCCUCCGCAUCACCGGCCGAAUUCCCCGGUAGUCAGCCAGCUUCAUCCAGCGCAGACCAAAACACACACAUUGCGACGAGCGGGUAUGCGCCGAGCGAGAAUCAACUCGCUGGACUGGUGGAGGCUGCUACGGCAGCGGCGGGCCAGGAUGUAUCCGAGUGGGCAGCAGCAGCAGCAGUUGCCGCAGCAGCUGGCGCCGCGGGAAAUCAACAUCAUCUAGACGGUUACGCUCCUGAAAUUCAAUUGGAUGACGAUGGCUUUGGCGAGGGGGGCUAUGCGGGGAUGACUAGUGCACGACAAUAUCGUGGCCCUGGGUCUGCAUCCGGCAAUGAACACAGCCAAUCAUCGGGGUUGGCUCGAUCGGGGACGAAGAAGAGGAAGAGAAACGAGGAUGCUCUUGACCCGGCGUUGGCUGCGGCAAGCGCUGGUCUCGGUCAGCACCAGGGUCAACCGCAACACCAACAACAGGGUCCACACAAUGCCAACCACCAUGCAAGUCCUUUCGGAGGCGAGGGGCUAGAGAUUCGCAGUACUCCGCCGCAAUCGCUUGCAGAUGCUCGCGCCGUUGGACUGCACUCCGCCGCAGCACUAUUCCGCCAGACUUCGACUAACAAGAAGUAUACACGGCCUCCGAUGUCCAAAAUGUUUACUUCCCUCGAGCUAUCGCCGGAGAAUUUCCUGCAUUUGCAGGCUGCGGCUAAAACAUACAUGCUGGAUGAUAGGCAUCCGGAGCGUCGUGACUGUGUAGGCCAGCGUGGGAAGGGGGAUACAGAGAUGGUCAAAUUACGGUUAUGGAACUGUGUCCGCCAUUUCCUUGAGGUUGAGGGCAAUGGUCCGCGAUUCUUCGGUGAACAUGUGGUUAAUGAGGGCAUGCCUCCUCGUACAUAUGUAUGGCCAAGAGACCAGCAAAAGAUCAUUUCGCUGGUUAUUCCGUUGCUGCGCCGCAUGGUCACGAAUGAACGCCAACGACAGUACGCCGUCGAAACCAGGAAAGGUGGCGUGGAAGCACGGAGGAGACGGAAGACAGAAGAUAGCAUGCAAGACUUCCGCAGUGUGAGUCCGCCUAAGUUCCCAUCCGAGGAUCACCUGCAGAUGGAGGCGCAUCAUCAUCUUCCGGACGGGUAUAGUUCAGCUCAGCAGCCUCUGCCGGCGCCGCCGCCGCCACCACCUCACGAAGAACCGUCUGUGCAGGUCACAGAUUUGGGCCUUACCGACGCUAUCUUGGAUGGCUAUACCGCUGACUGGGAUGUUAUCUCGAAAUCUUAUGAUGCCUACAACCACAACUACGAGCUUGACAACCUUUGGUCUCUUUCCGGCCUUCAACUAGGCGACUGGCGCGGUCUCGUGGCCGCAGUGGAUAGCCAUUAUCAGGUUCUCCACGAAGGCGACUACAAUUGUUCCGGCUGCUGUGAAGACCAUAAUGUAGGGCGUAUCCUCAAUUCAAAUAGCUCUGCAGACCUACGAUGGCGCAUUGGUGGAGGGCCGGCCAGAAACGAGUUUGCAAGCAGCAUUACCCGUGAUGUCUCGCGGGUUAUCCGAGAUAGCCUAGCUGCUAGACAAGGCGUGCACGACCACACACCAUUGGCCCAAACCCAAGCAAUGCCGCCACCGCUGGCCUUCUCUCAAACCUCCGAAAUUCCCAACGCAAACCCGCCUCCUUCCCAAUGCCCCCUCCACUUACGUAUCAACAUCCUGCAGAACGGGAAGCGCAUUCUUCCUUCUCACGAUCUCCUCGCCGCCCAAUGUCCGGACCUCGCAAGCGUACGACAACUCCUUGCCCGCAAAUUCGCCGGCGAACUCCCUCGUUUCCCUUCUGAACUAGACUCGGACCCAAACGCCUGGAACGCGUCUAUGGGUUGGAGGUUCAGAGUUUGGCUUCCGAACGGCCUUAACCUCGUUGAAAAUGAUAGCGAUUGGACACUUGCCCUAAUUUCCGCCGAGAAAGUGGAUUGGCUUGACGGCGAGCUUAAGGUGCUUGUUGAGAUUGAGGAUGAGAACCAGUAG